UUCUUGCUGGGGGUCCUAUACUGUGAGUUGUUUCUCCCCUGGUGGUGGGGGGCGGGAUAUGAGGUCACACUCUUGAGAGAGAGACCUGGGUUUCCAGCUCUUUUGUGACGCACUGAGUAUUCAGCAAGCGUUUGGGAGAUGCGUCUCAGGGAACUUUACCAGGCGCAGAGUCUAUGAGGCCUGAGUUCUGAGACAUUGGUUCCACCCUCCGCUAUCCCUGGAGUCUGGAAGAUGUGCUAAGUUGGCUUGCAGGGUCUGGUCUGACCCAGGGGCUCCAUGACCGGGCUCCAGUUUUUCUCCUUUUAAGGUGGGUCAUUGAUUUUCUCUUUGGAAGGGGGUCUCCAGGACGUAGGUGUUCGAGCCCAUACCAAUCAUGGCCGGAAGACCCAUCCGCAUAGGAGACCAGCUGGUUCUGGAGGAAGAUUAUGAUGAGACCUACAUCCCCAGUGAGCAAGAAAUUCUUGAAUUUGCCAGAGAGAUUGGUAUUGAUCCCGUCAAGGAGCCGGAACUGAUGUGGCUGGCGCGGGAGGGCAUUGUGGCCCCACUGCCUGUGGAGUGGAAGCCCUGCCAGGACAUCACAGGUGAUAUUUACUAUUUCAACUUUGCCAAUGGGCAGUCCACGUGGGACCAUCCAUGUGACGAGCACUAUCGGAACUUGGUGAUCCAAGAGCGGAGGAAGCUGUCAACUCCAGGAGCCGUUAACAAGAAAGACAAGAAAAAGAAGAAGGAAAAGAAAGACAAGAAGGACAAAGAGACCUCCAAAAGUCUGCUGGCCCCGGGCUCCUCAUUAGCCCCAGUCCACGUCCCUCUUGGGGGCCUGGCUCCCUUAAGAGGCCUUGUGGAUGCCCCGGCCUCUGCUCUUCGUGGAUCGCAAAGCGUGAGCCUGGGGAGCUCAGUGGAAUCUGGUCAGCUUGGAGAACUCACGCUGCCUCCACAGGGUCUCAAGACUUCUGCUUACACAAAGGGUCUCUUGGGCUCCAUCCAUGAGGACAAGAAAGCCCUCAGCCUCUUGGCUUUAGGGGAGGAGACCAACGAGGAGGAUGAGGCAGAGAGUGACAACCAGAGUGUCCGCAGCUCAAGUGAGCUUCUUAAGAACCUGCACCUGGACAUUGGGGCGCUGGGGGGUGAUUUUGAGUAUGAGGAGUCUCCAAGAACAAGCCAGCCAGAGGAGAAGAAGGAUGCUUCUCUGGAUUCAGAGGCUGCCGGGCCCCCCACUCCCGGCAAGCUCUUCAGCCAGGAUGCAGACAGCAGUCUGAGCAGUGCCGAUGGCACAGGGCAGCAGGGAAGAGGGGCGAGCGCGUGGCUCCUGGAGAAAGAAAAGGAUGAGAAGAGUGAUUCAGGAAUACCCAAGAGUGGGGUGGACCCUGGGGGCAGUCAGCCUGCCAAAGCCAACAAAAAGGAGGCACCAGAGGCCCCAGCAGAUGUAGGAGAGGAGGGUUCCAGGAAGGGAGAGGUGGAAGGAGGCGCCGAAGGAGGAAGGAGGCGGAAGGAGGAGCCCAAGGAGGAAGCCUCUGUCCAGAAAGAGAGCAGAUCGGACGCCAGCGAGGAAUUGGAGAUCAGCGAGCAGGUGAAGGAGCUGCAGCUGUCAGACUCCGCGGCCUCUGACCCCAAGUCCUUCCUGGAACUGGACUUCGGUUUUCGCAGCCGGAUCUCAGAGCACCUGAUGGAUGUUGACGUGCUUUCCCCAGUCCGCCGGGAGGGGAGUCUCUCUGGAUGCUGGGCCCAGAGGUUGGGAAGAGAAGACAAGGACGGCAGCCAGUCCAGCCGAGAUGAGCCACAGAGCAAGCGGUGCAAAGGCUCGGAGAGGUCCUCUCCUCCACUUGUGCCUGGGAGGCGGCUCCAGAGUCCCCUUCAGAGCCAGGCCACCGAAGAAGGGCCUCCGGAGGCCUCUGAGGGGCAGCCUGAGCAGAAGCGGGCAGAGGAGCCCGGGGAGGACACUGCAGGCAGCUCCAUCCCUGCCGGUUCCCUGAGGAGGGAAGAGACCCCAAGCCCACCUGCCGCCCCCGAGAGGGGCAGGGAGCAGCGCUCUGGGGCCGAGGAGCCUGAGGAGGUGGCGGCCAGCCCUGCUGCACCAGCCUCUCCAGAGGUAGAGAAGAGGGCGUGCCACACCAUGCCAGGCCACCUGGGGGAUGACCAGGGUGUGUCAGGAGGCAGAAGAGGCGAGAAGGGAGAGCACAGCCUAGAGCCUUUGUUGGGGUUUCCCUGGGAAGGAAUAGGAGAGGCAGGGCGAGCUACGGAGCCUGCAACUCCCCCAAAGCAGGCUUCCCUGAGGGCCAUGGAGGAGGCCGUGGCCCACGACCUGGAGCAAGACCAGAGGCGGCUUCUGGAAUCGAAACGAGAGAAGAUUCAGCAGCUCCGGGAGAAGCUGUGGCAGGAGGAGGAAGAGGAGGUCCUCCAGCUUCACCAGCAGAAAGAGAAGUCUCUCAGUUCCCUGAAGGCGCAGCUGCGGAAAGCCACCGAGGAAGAGGAGACUCGGAUGAGAGAGGAGGAAAGCCGGCGGCUGUCCCAGCUCCUGGCCCAGGUGCAGUCCCAUGUGGAAGCAGAUGAGAGCCAGAUCAGGGCCGAGCAGGAGGCUUCCCUGCAGAGGCUGAGAGAAGAGUCGGAGUCUCUCCAGAAGGCCGAGAGGGCCAGCUUGGAGCAGAGGAACAGACAGAUGCUGGAGCAGCUCAAGGAAGAGAUGGAGGCCUCGGAGGAGAGAGAGUGGGCUUCCCUGAAGGCCGAGAAGGAGAGGGCUCUGCAGCAGCUCAGGGAACAGCUGGAGGGCGAGAGGAAAGAAGCAGUGGCAGCACUGGAGAGGGAGCACCGAGCUGAGCUGGAGCGGCUCUCUUCCUCGCUGGAGGCCAAGCACAGAGAGGUUGUCUCCAGCCUCCAGAAGAAGAUGGAGGAGGCCCAGCAGAGGGAGGAGGCCCAGCUGCAGGAGAGCCUUGGUCGGGCAGAGCAGAGGGCUCAUCAGAAGGCUCACCAAGUGUUCCAGUAUGAGCAAGAGCUCAGCGACCUCCUGCGAGAGAAGCGCCAGCAGGUGGAGAGGGAACACGAGAGGAAGAUGGACAGGAUGAAGGAGGAGCACCAGCAGGUGCUGGCUGAGGCCAGAGAGCAGUACGAAGCCGAGGAGAGGAAGCAGCGGGCUGAACUCCUGGGACACCUGACCUGUGAGCUGGAGCGCCUUCGAAGGUCGCACGAGCGUGAACUAGAGGCCGUGAGGCAGACGCAGGAUAGGCAGCUGGAGGACUUACGGCUGCGGCACCGGGAGCAGGAAAGGAAACUCCAACAUUUAGAGGUGGAACUGGAAACCAGAACCAAAGAUGUCAAGGCCCGAUUGGCUCAGCUGGACAUCCAGGAGGAGACUGCCCGAGUGGAGAGGCAGCAGCUCCUUGAAGUGCAGAGGCAGGUGGCGCUGGAGAGCGAGGAAGCCACAGCCAACCAUCAUCACCUGGAGGAGGCAAAGAAGGAGCACACCCAUCUGUUGGAGACAAACCAACAGCUCCGAAGAAUUCUCGAUGAGCUUCAGGCCCACAAGUUGGAGCUAGAGUCCCAGGUGGAUGUGCUGCAGACCCAGAGGCGGAGGCUGCAGAAACAAGUCAGCGACCUGGAGGCUGAAACUCAGAGGAAGCAGGAGGUGUUGAAUGAGCUGGCAGCUAAGGAGAGCAAUGCCUCCUCACGUGUUGAGCCAGAUCUCCACAUUGAGGACCUGAGGAAAUCCCUUGGGACAAACCAGACCAAAGAGGUAUCCUCUUCUCUCCCCCAGAGCAAGGAGGAGACCGACUUAUCCUUGGACAGCGUCCGACACUACCUCUCUGCCGAGGGGCUAGCCCUCCGCAGUGCCAAGGAGUUCCUGGUGCGGCAGACGCGCUCCAUGCGGAGGCGGCAGACGGCUCUGAAAGCCGCCCAGCAGCACUGGCGCCAGGAGCUGGCCGGCGCUCAGGAAGCCGCCCAAGAUCCACCGGGCACCAAGGCCCUGGAAGACGUGCGCAAGGACUUGGAGGAGGAGACCCGGCACCUGGAUGAGAUGAAGUCGGCCAUGCGGAAGGGCCACGACCUGCUGAAGAAGAAGGAGGAGAAGCUGAAUCAGCUGGAGUCCUCUCUUCUGGAAGAGGCCCCAGAUGAGGAUGUUCUGCGAGGCGCCCCCCCCAAGAAGGUGGUGACUUUUGACCUCAGCGACACUGAAGACAUGAGCAGCGCAAGUUCUGAAUCCUGCCCCCUGCCUCACCUCAACCUGACCACAAGUGCCACCUUCCCCAACAAGAUCUACUACUUGAGCAGCUCGCUGCAGCGCAUCAGCAGCCAGCUGAAUGGUGUCCUCAGCAUGCUGGGCAGCCUCAACCUGCAGCCGCCACUGCCUCUCUUCACUUCCACGCCAGCGCACGUCCCGCCCCGGGCCGCUAGGAGCACCUCCAUUCCUGCCUGCCCCUCCCGGCUCUCACCCUCGCCGCUGGCUACACCCUCAUCCACCCAGUGGGCCUGGGACCCGGGGCUGGGCCCCAGGCUCUCCUCCUCCGCGGCUCAAACAGUGGAUGACUUCCUGGUGGAGAAGUGGCGCAAAUAUUUUCCAGCUGGAGUACCGUUCCUCAGCACCGGCCCUGCCCCCCUGGAGAACAGGCUGGGUUAUGUGUCGGCCAGCCAGCAGCUGCGGCUCCUGCAGCGGGCCCAUCCCCAGGUCUCUGAGGUGGGCAGCACCGACGUCCAGGGCCUGAUCGAGGCUAACCGAAAGUGGCUACAGCGUUACAAGAAUGACCCCAAGUCACGUCUCUUCUCUUCAGGGCCCAGGCUGGCAGCCUCUUCUGACUUCCUGCAGCUGGGCCUGGAUGAGAACAAUAGGCUGAAGGUGUAUCACUACUGAGGCCCUGAGCCUCUCCUGCACCCAGACCAAGUGCCUGAGGAGCUGCCUGUGCUUUCUUCCUUCUGAGAAAGCAUUGUCCUCCCCCGUUUGCCAACUUCCCCACUCAGAGGAGCCACGGGGGCCGGGGCUGGAUGGAAACGAUGGUAGGGCCCGAAACCGUGAGCUGCCCCCAGAGACCAUGUCUCUCAGGCUGCAAAGUGUGGACUUCUGUGAGCUCCUGUGUGGACGAGGAACACUGGUGGGGGGUCAUCGGCCCCAAGGGCCCCUCCAGGGGAGGAGGAGGGAUUAAAGGAGUUGCCUUCCAAGGCCAAGGGCCUCCCUUGGGAGCGGAGUUGAUCCCUUGGACCCGCAGGGCACUCAGUGCUGGGACUCCCGUGGUUCUGUGUGUGUGGUCCUUAAUUUACCAGAACAAAGCUUCCCCACCCCCCGCAUGUCUGUACCUUCAGACCAGGCUCUAAUACCUCAGCAUCAUAGAGAUCAGACCUCUCUCUUUUUUUUUUACAUGUCUCCUUUCUUGAGCACUUGGUCUCUCCUUUUGACUAUCUCAGGAUCGGGCCCAGAGCCCUGCCAGAGGUUGCUGGAAGCUGUCCCUCCUCCACCCCCAGCCCCUGGAAGCUCUGCUGCUCAUCCUCUCUCUCCUGGGACUCGACUGUCCUCAGGAGUGCUCCCUUCCCUCAGGCUCCUACCCAGAGCCCUCCCUGCUAGAGUCUCAGGGUCGCAAGCACACAACUUUCAAGAAGCCACCAAGCCAUACGAAAAGUCUGGGAUGGCUUCUGGUCCUCAUCUUGGUUUUCUCUUCUUGUUUCUACCCCCACCACCCUUCCUCGGAGCUGGGAGGCUGCACCUGGCAUUGGCAGUGAGGAUUCUGAGCUCCCUGCAGACCCUGCUUCCCAACAGAGGGGAUGUACUCUGACAUCUGUCCCACUGUUAAAUAAAAUGCCCCCCCCCCCCCCGUUUGUCUCGAAAGCUAUGGGGUAGCCCUUGCCUCUCUCCUACAUAGACACCAAAUUUCUGCCAGCCCUCCGUGCAUUUGUCAGGGACUAAGAAACUGUUUACUCCUCCCACGUGCUUUGUAGGCAUCAGUCUGCCAUGGGGGGAAAAAGUCUGUUUUGUUGUUUAGCUCAUUCUGUGUGCUUCGGGGCUAGCUCACGUGUUAUAACCAACUCUGGUGACAAGCCUGUAUUUUCUACAUCAAUUAAAUCUCUGCAGGCCCAUUUGCUACAA